AUCGCGGUUGGAGAACGGACGCGCGAGAUUCACUAAGACCGUAAUUCUCACAGACUUACGAUUCCCAAUCAUGAUGGCUGUUUACGCGCUGUCCACCGUCCAUUUGUCUCUGUCCGUCUUCGCCGUCGCCUUCGCCGAAUCCGCCGUCGCUGAUGAUACUGGACACCCGCGGGAAAUUCCUUUGAAUUUUAUUAUGGAAUUAAAUCAAGUAACAAAUGUUUCCGAUCUGUUUAUUAAAUUUAUACCAGACAUAAAUAUGAAUGAUGCUCAAAAAAUUUACACCACCAUAGGUUUCCAAAAUCGUUAUGCAUAUGAUUCAGAAAUAAAAGCAACGUUGAUACCUAAAGCAGCAAGCUGUUCUAUUGGACUUCAAACGAUCAGUCUUAAAGACACUGAUGAUCUUAGUUUAUAUUAUUAUCCAAUGUGUACCCGAGUGAACCGAUGUGGAGGUUGCUGCGGACAUGAUUUAUUGGCAUGUCGACCAACUGAAAUCGAAACCCUCAACUUCGAAGUUAUGGUUUUACAGUAUAAAGGAUCUCCUGGAUCGGGCAAAUUAGAGUUUAAAGGUCGUAAAUCAGUGUCAGUAGACCAACAUUUGAAUUGCAAGUGCGAUUGUAUUAUCGAAGAAGAAAACUGCACACCUUUACAAGUUUAUAACCCCAACGAAUGCAGUUGUAUGUGUACAAAUGAAAAAGAUCGUCAUGAGUGUCAUGAUGAACAUGGAUUAAAAUUAUGGAAUUCAACAGCUUGCACAUGUCAGUCAUUGUAAAUGAAGACUAUAAUUCAUAAAUUAACAGUGCAGUUAUGCUUGCAGGUUUAAAGAUUAUUUUCUACAAACACUCACAAUUAUAUUUAGUAUGAAAUAUGAAUUUAACAAAACCACGUCAUACUCAAUAUAUAAGUGAAACGUGAACUAAAAUAAGCUCAUUGAAAAAUGUAAACCACAAUCAUGUACAUGUGAUAGAUAUCUAAUUUAUCUUUUAUAAUUUUAAAUGUAAUUUGCCAAACUUACAUGCAUACUUUAUCAUUGUAUUUGUAAGAAUCAAAAUGGUGCGAAAUACGUUCGUUGUACAAAUGUAUAUCAAUAUUAUAGUUGUUACCAGCUUUUCUUAAGGAAUAAAGUUGCAAUAAACUCGGCGCAUUUUAAAAUCGUCUAAUACUAACUAUUGGUACUGUAGUAUAUGCAAUAGUUUGUU